AUGGCUGACUCAGGCUGUUGGCGGACAGCUGACCGUGUCUAUACCUAUACUCCCGACACCUUCAUCAAGAGGGAGCUCAGACCGAGUGAGCGAAAAACGAACAUAUUCGGGAAGACCAUAGUACUUCCAUGGACCACCGAGCGUCUUCAAAACGAACAUGAUGCUCUCACCUUCAUCGCUGCCAAUACGACCAUCCCGGUGCCCAAGAUCCUGAGCUUUGGGAAAGUUUGGGGAGCCUACCAGCUUGAGAUGGAGAGAGUAAACGGAAAGCCGUUAGAUCGUCUCCGAGAAGGCAGAGAAGAGGCGUUGAGAAACACGGAAGAUUUCAUUACUACCUCAGUCUUGCCGCAGCUACGCGCCUUGAAAUCUUCGACAAUUGGGUCUCUAGGGGGCGUGGUCAUACCUCCAAACAGGAUCACGACACGGGAUAAGAGGGCAUAUUGGCCGCAAAAGUCAUCGGCUGAGAGUGAAUACAACUUCUGCCAUAAUGAUCUCGCACAGCAUAACAUUAUGAUUAACGUGGAUACUCUGCAGGUAGAGGCCAUCAUUGACUGGGAACACUCGGGAUUCUACCCUCCUGAGUUUGAGGAGCGGCUAUGGACUAUGAGGUGGGACGAAGAAGGGUAUCAUGCCAUGGGAGCGUCUAGAGUCGACAGCCUCAUAGACUUCCUUUCCAACCCGCGUGGGUGCAAGGCUGAACUUGAGGGUAUAUGCCGCAUAGUUUCAGAUAUAUGUUACAUCGAAUGCAAUGAAGGGCUAAUAGGAGUUCGCCCUCGUGUGUCCUUCCGAGAGUUCGGUAUCCAGGGGAAACGAGAAGCAGCCAAGGCAGCCGCUGCUCAGGGCAAAGGCGACCUUACCGUCGAGAAAGAGGGACGAAGCUUGAUCGAGGUGGAAGUUCUCCGUCGUCCAUAA